UCAAAAAUUCAUUUUGGAAAAUGCCAACAAAAUAUUUGUUAAUCAAUUGAUGAAUUAUACUGGAACCUUUUAUUCUAGCCAUCAGAAUCUGGAAACAAAAUUCGUUAUUAACAAAAAUGAUUGAAAUAAAAUCAGAAAGCGUACUUAAAACAAAUACGAAAGCAACGUCAAUAAUCUGGCAAUUUACAUUCUCACAAAUAUAUCUUAUUUAACAAAGAAUUAAUUCUCGUUAUUUGGCAAUUGUAAAUACAGAAUAUAAAAUGCAAAUUGAAAAACGCAAUCAUAAUUGCAACAAAACCAGCAACUGCAAUGUAAAUACGAAAGCGAAAGAGCGGGAUAGCGAGAGGGGGCACAGGGCAGAGAGCAGCACUUGAAGGCAGCGCCAAUUGUCGGCGUGCGGGUGGGAGGGAGACAGCGCCAUAAUUACUUACCUUCAUGCACGACAACAGAGAAAUGUUAAAAAUACGGCCAUGCAGAUCAUGAUGUUAACCAUGAUGAUGAUGAUGAUGAUAAUGCUGGCGCUUGGCAGCUGGCCAGCUGGCCAGCUCGUAUGCAUUCACAAACAUGGCGGCCACUUGUGCAAAAAAUUCGUUAAGUGUCUGCGUCCAAGCGAAAGCAAUAUGAAAUUGACGCGUAAAUAUUAAACAGCAACCCCCACAAAGUUCAGUUCAUCAAAACGCAGAGUGAGGAAAACAACAAAGCGGAAAUGGAAAUGGAAAAGUUUUUAUUCAACAUAAUAUAUAUAUUGAGUCGAACGAUUUAUUGGAUCUGUCGCUUCUGUGUCUUUGGUUACUUCAGUUUCAAUGAGAAAUCGGGAAAAUUAUACAUAUGCCAACACUCAGUUUUAAGAAAAAUAGUGGCCAGCAUUGUAAAGAUAUUUUUGGUAUUCACAGACAACGCAAACUACGUGUAUUUGGUAAUGACGGCUUAUAUGGCUUUGUUUGAAAGGCUUAGAGAAAAGAUGUCUGGAUAUAACUUUUAUGUACCCAUAUCCAUUUUCAGCCAUGCGAACUUGCACUAUUAUAAAAUGGUUUAUAUCCUUCAUAGUCGGAAAAUAAGUGCAUCAUACGUAUCGGUAAUCAAUGAAGUAAUAGAAAUACACAGAAUAAUGAUCUCGACUUUCGACAGCAUUUAUUUCACUGUUGAAAUCAAUAUCCUCAUCAUUUUUCUACUUGAGUCUAUAUUAAAUGUUCUACAAAUAUGGAAUCAACUUUCCACAACAAUUAUUUGGAUAACUAUCUAUCAGCAACUUCUCUUUGAGCUCUUCUACUGGGCCUAUUUUGUCUAUCAGCUUAUUUUGAUAUCCUGGCAUAAAGUUUUGCUUAGAUGCCUGAAAUCCUCUUUACAUAAUCUGGAGAACGGUCAUCGUCAUCAACAACAGAUUAUUCUCUUCUAUGGACUCUAUUUUCGGAUUUGGAAACUGCAUUCUCGAGUUACCAAACUUUGGUUAAAGAUAGCUGGAGCCCUGUUUGGCAGCACUUUGGCCCUAUCAUAUAGUAUAUGCGAAGAGUUAUUCAAUAUUAUUUAUACACAAAGUCAACCCACGGAGAAGUGGCAUUUCUACCUGAGGUUCCAAAUUGGCCACUGUCUGGCACCUCCUAUGCGAAUCUUCCUUUUGGGUCUCUGUAAUAAUCGCAUCGAGGAACUAACCAUACUCUUAAGUCAACAAAUCAUUCUCAUUCACUUGUUGCAAGGGCAAAAAUCACUGAAUCAAGUACAGUCAGUUCAAGAAAUAUUAUCUGAACAGCUGUUGGAAUGCAAGUUCAACUGUUUUGUUCUGCAGCAAAUACGACCGAUCAGAAAUUAUAUUUGGUAUGUGGGACAAACGAUUAACAAUGAGUUCCUUUUAUUAUAUCUUUGGACCAGUUUUUUGAACGCAAUGUCCAAUUUGCAGUAUGAUUUGGCAAAUGCAAAUGAUUAA